UGAAAGCUUGGGCCCCGGGUUAUUUUCCUUGCUAUCUCCUUACCUCUUUUAGACUUUUGAACUCCGUUGUGUCUCAGUUCGAUCAAAUACUGCACGUUCAUAUCUACCCGUACUCUCCUGUCCAGUAUAAUGUCCGAGUCUCCGCCGCCCCCACCGUCUUGGAGUAUCACCAGUAUGGCCAACAGUGCCGCUCAAUACCUAAGGCUACCGGUUUUGGCAUCAUCUGGCUUGGCAGUUGUUGCCAGUGGCCUUUUGUAUUUCAAACAAAAUGAGUUGAUCUAUCCUCGCAAUGUUCCUACCGAUGCGCGCACCAAUGUACCGAAACCCCGACAGUUUGGGGUCAACAAUUACGAAGAGCUCCAGAUUCCUACCCCGGAUGGAGAGUCACUACAUGCCCUCUUCCUUCGUCCAUCCAAGAAAGGUCUUGCCGGUGAUCUUACUGUCUUGAUGUUCCAUGGAAAUGCCGGAAAUAUUGGUCAUCGGAUUCCUAUUGCAAGGGUCCUACUCGAUAUACUAGGUUGCAAUGUGCUUAUGCUGGAGUAUCGAGGCUACGGGCUCUCGACCGGAGUCCCGGAUGAAGCAGGGCUAAAAAUCGAUGCGCAAACUGGACUCGACUAUAUCCGACAACGAGCGGAGACUAGCAACAAUAAGGUUGUAGUUUACGGGCAGAGUCUAGGAGGAGCGGUCGCCAUCAAUCUUGUGGCUGAAAACCAAGACAAGGGGGAUAUUGGAGGCCUGAUCCUUGAAAAUACUUUUUUGAGUAUUCGCAAGCUGAUUCCGACGGUUUUCCCUCCCGCCCGAUACCUUGCUCGCUUUUGCCACCAAUAUUGGCCAAGCGAGGAUAUCCUGCCUAAAAUUACCAAAGUCCCCAUCCUCUUCCUUAGCGGUUUGAAGGACGAAAUCGUCCCACCGUCAAAUAUGACUCAGCUCUUUGCUGUUUGCCAAUCUGAACGCAAAGUCUGGCGCACUCUGCCGAACGGUGCCCACAAUGACAGUGUUGCUGAACCUGGCUACUUCGAGCACAUCCAUUCAUUUAUCAAGGAAGAAGUCAUCGACCAUGACCAAUAG